CCUGCGCAUGGGCGGACGUCUUCUCCGCUCGGCCUGACGCCGGCCUUCAAUUGCCACCGUUGUUGGUGAGAAACAUCUGCGAAGGCCCCGAGCAGAGCGCUACCUGAGCUCCGCCGUCACCGACAUGUCUGAUGACAAAGAUUCCCUGCGGGGAGAGGAAGAGAAAGGAGAGGAGCCGGCGGUGCGCGCCAUCCCCGGCAGAGCCAUCCCUGGCAGUGCGUUCUCUCUGAAGCAGGCCGAGGAGGUGGACCCCCUGAAGCUGGAAGUGGCGACGGGGGCUGACGGCUUCUCUGACAGCUGCUCCGAGGACUGCUCCGACGACCUCAGCUGUGCGGCAGCCCACAUAGAUCCAAAUCUCCUCUUGCUGGUGGCUGACGAGGAGAAAUGCCGGAAUAUCCGCAGGCAGUACCGGCAGCUCAUCUAUAACGUCCAGCAGAACCGGGAAGACAUCGUGAACACGGCGAGCGACUCAUUAACCGAGGCUCUGGAGGAAGCCAAUGUCCUGUUUGAUGGAGUGAGCCGAACACGGGAAGCAGCUCUCGAUGCCCAGUUUCUUGUUUUGGCUUCUGAUUUGGGUAAAGAAAAAGCAAAGCAGCUGAACUCGGAUAUGAGCUUUUUUAAUCAAGUAGCAUUUUGUGAUUAUCUGUUUAUUUUUGUGGGUCUGAACUGGAUGGAAGAUGAUGAACGUGAUGCGUUGAAUGGUUGUGAUGAUAACAUAGUUCUUUCCUUCUGGGAGACAGUACAUAAGGAAGCAACAUCCUGGAUAUCGCAAGCCGAAACAUUACACUUUCUCUUUGGUUCAUUCAAGUCAGAGUCUUCUGCACCGAAGCGGCGACCUGGACACCAUAAAAAAGCUCCCAGGGUGGAGGACAAUGUGGAUAUGCCUACAAAGCUGAGGAGGCUGGACCUGAGUAGCAAUCAAGAAGGGACAGAAAAAGAAGUGGAAAGAAUCUUGGGGUUGUUGCAAACGUAUUUUCGAAAGUAUCCUGACACUCCCGUAUCCUAUUUUGAGUUUGUGAUUGAUCCAAAUUCUUUUUCUCGUACUGUGGAGAAUAUAUUCUAUGUUUCUUUCAUUAUAAGGGAUGGUUUUGCAAGAAUAAGGCUUGAUCAAGACAGGCUGCCAAUAUUAGAGCCCAUUAAUGUUAACCAAGUGGGUGAGGAAAAUGAUCCCAGUUCCCAUGGCAGGAAACAAGGAGUUAUAUCUUUGAGUUUACAGGACUGGAAAAAUAUUGUGGCGACUUUUGAAAUUUCUGAGGCUAUGAUUAAAAGCUCUUACUAAAUAUUUUUGUUCAUAGUAUAGGGUGCAUUUCGUGGCUUUUCUAAAGAAUCAUCUCAAAAUAGAGUGUAAAACCUAAAUAGAAGCCCAUAUUGUAUGUCUUGUAAAGUGAGAAAAUAUUUUCAAGAACAUCAGAAACUGUCUUACUGUGCAGUGUAUUUUUCUUGGUAGUUUAUAAAGUUGUCAUGAUCUGUUAUUUAAAAACAAUCACUAGCAUGUUCAUGGAAAUUUUUUGAAUGUCCUUUAUUAAUAAAAUUCAGUUCUAAAUUUCAUAAAUUAAAAGGUAUCUUAUAAUUUGCAAAAAAAAAGUAUCAGUUAUGCUCUGUGAUACUGUAUUCCUGUUACAGGGAAUAAAAUGAAUCCCAUAUGGGAUUCCUAAUCAGGUUGGGGAAGGAGUGGGUAAAAAAAAUGCUAAAUUAAAGAAACACUGCCUGUAGGGCAGUGAAUGUGCAAUGUUAACACACACACACACACACACAGACACACACACAAACAGGUUCUUUGCUUCAUUGCUAGGAAGACUUAGUAAGAUUAACUCGUGGGUAUCCACAUUCUAAAUAAUUUUCCUGUGAUUACUUCAAAAGAAAUAUAGUAUCUACUGUAGAUGAGGUGUCAACUAAGUGCUGAAAUGUGAGUAGGAAUUGGUCACAGAUAGGAACGGUAUACUGGACAUGGAGGCAAAUAUAGGGAAUUGUGAGAGGUUUAUGGCAUUAGAAAACCAUAAGAUCUUUAUUCCAGUUGAAUGUUAAACUGGGCAAAAAUGAAUUACCUUUUCUGUUAGUAUUCUCAGAGGUAGAAGAUACUUUUGUUAGAUUAUUUCAAACAAAAUCUUUUAACAUCUAGUUCUAGUCUUUAUCUGCUUGGUUAAUUUCUUCUUUGACUCCUACUUUUUCUUUGUAAUUUCUGCUAGUACACCGUGUGUCCUUUAGAAAUCAAUGAUGUUUCAUUAUGUAACAACAGCCUUGAAUAUCUGUUCUCAAUUCAAUUGUGCAUUUCUUAAUAGGGCUUUCAAUGCCUGGAACUGCCCCCGUUUCAACUGAAAUAAUUGAUUAAUUUAUUCAUAAAGC